AUUAGUAUUAGCAUUAGCAUUACCCACUGAGUGGUUAAUGUGCCAAACCUACGUCAUUGACUUGCCAUCUCAGUGAAGUUCAUUCCUUUAUCUUCCCUUCUCUCUCUGCCAACCAAGUUCUCAUUUUUCCGCAAUGGGUUGUGCUGGAUCCUCACAAUCCAAGCCUGAUGGGACAGUAAAAAAGAUCCGAAAGCCUAAGCCUUGGAAGCAUCCUCAGCCCAUAACAAAGACUCAGCUGAUACAAUUGCGGGAUGAGUUUUGGGAUACAGCUCCUCACUAUGGUGGUCGGAAAGAGAUUUGGGAUGCUCUUCGAGCUGCUGCUGAGGCUGAUCUAGCUUUAGCACAAGCAAUUGUGGAAAGUGCUGGGGUCAUUGUCCAGAGUUCUGAUUUGACAGUAUGCUAUGAUGAAAGAGGAGCAAAGUACGAGCUACCCAAGUACGUUUUGAGCGAGCCAACUAACCUGAUUCGGGACAGUUAAUAACAGAGUAUAAAUAGUAACAUUCAAGGGGAAAAGAUUGUAAAUCAUGUAUAUUGUUAUCUCAUUGAUUUGGUAACUUGCAUAGGGUAGCAACUCUUUUUCCUUUCCAUCUGUACUCACCUUUGACAUCUACGCUAUGUUUCCUCAACCAAUUGAACAAAAGUUAUGUCAGUUCUGUAUCUG